CCCCCAUAAUGCAUCGCGGUGCUGUCAUGGCCGCUCACUGAAGCCUUCCGCAGCACAUGGGCACGGCUGAACACCGGGCUGGACGGGCACGAUCACGAUCACACGCGCAGCAUCGGCAACUGGGGGGUGUAAUCAGGAAUAAGAAUCACAUCUGAGAGCGAUCUGCGGAGAGCUGCGCGAGCCGCCCCUCGGAGAGAUGGCGCGAGAUGUGGAGGUGGCCGUUCUGCGGGGUUUCCUCACUGCAGGAGGAGGAGAGCCGGCGGAGCGGCAGCGGGAGCAGCGCGAACCCGGAGCCGCAGAGAGCAGCCAGCUUCUCCGGUGUCUAAUGGAUGGUGAUUUCGAGGGAGUGCUCUUGAGUCCCAUCGUGUUGGACAUCUUUGGUGGGGACAGCAGUGGCGAGGAGACAAUCGAAGCCUACCUGGAGAGAUGCGUAUUGAGUUACCUGAGCGGCUCCAAUGAUGAUGACAACCAGGCAGAGAGGGAGACUGUUUUGUUCCUCCUGUCCGUGGCCUGCCUGAACCUCUUUGCCCAGAGCAACUGGACUGGUCCCUCCAUCAGCAUUCACAUCCAUGACUUUCUGCCUGCCACCCUGCUGCGUGUCUACUCUGAGCCCCAAGAGCUCACUGCAGCCAUUGUGAGCAGCCUAAUUCUGGACGGCGAGAGUGUCUACUCCUUGGUCUGCAACCCGUUCCUGUUGCUACUUGUCAGGGUCCUCUUGGUCAACUGUGGGCACAAGUUGGAAAGUUUUCAGCUUCUACCGUGGUGGACCUUGAGGUACGUUGGCCUGCAUCAGCAGCUCCUGGAGGAGCGUUCCCCUCAGCUUCUGGCCCUGUCGCGCAGCAGCAUGGACAAAGUGAUGAAGUCAGAAGCUGUCCUUGCCGACGACGCCCACCGUAACCUCGCCAUCCAGCUCCAUCUGGAGUGCGGCUACAACUGCCUGACAUACUAUGAGUACCAUGCAGCCAAGGAGCACUUCCAGAAGGCUCGAGAGCUGUCCCGCCUGGACAUCAACUUGACAGGUGCCCUUGGUAAGCGGACCCACUUCCAGGAGAACUUCCUGGCCCAGCUCAUCUUGGACGUCCAGCGGAAGGAUGAUAUGCCCCUUCCAGGAACGCCAUGUACCCCUUCACCCACUCCAAAGGAAGGCCUGCCCAAGAACCAUGACCUGGACGAUGACACAGUCCUGAACAAGAUGAACCUGGCAGAGCCGGGGAAGCACAAGUUACCGGACCUGACCGCUGAGGAGCAAGCAGUCAUCCUGGCAGUGUGCACGGAUCUCCAGAAAACCAACCCUGUCCACAAGCUGACUGACGAGGAGAUCCUUGCCUUCAUGUCGUGCCUGCUGUCUCAGCCCAAGUUCUGGGCUGUGGAGGUGACUGCCCUGAGCAUGCGGACCAAACUGGAGCGUGGCAGUGCUCGGCGGGUGGAGAGGGCCAUGAAGCAGACGCAGACACUGGUGGACCACUUUGAAGAGAAGAGCUCCCCAGUGGCUGAGCGUCUGAAAGUGUUCUACAGUUGCCAGGUGCCUCCGCGAUGGACCCUUCAGCGUCAGCUUGCUAGUUUACUGAUGGACCUCGGCUGCACCAACUCCGCACUGCUCCUGUACGAGAGUCUAGAGUUGUGGGAGGAUACGGUCAUCUGCUACGAGAGGAUUGGCCAACACGGAAAGGCAGAGGAGAUCCUGCGACGUGAGCUGAAGAAAAGGGAGACCCCCUCACUAUACUGUCUGCUGGGUGAUGUACUGCGAGAUGCACAGUACUAUGAACGUGCCUGGGAGCUUUCAGGUCAUCGCAGUGCGCGAGCACAACGCUCCAUGGCUCUGCUGCACCUUAGCAAUAAGGAGUUCCAGAAGUGUGUGGAGUGCUUUGAGCGCUCGUUGCGUAUCAACGCCAUACAGUUGGGAGUGUGGUUCUCCCUGGGCUGCGCUUACUUUGCUUUGGAGAGCUACGAGGGUGCUGCCAGGGCCUUUCAGAGAUGUGUGACCCUGGAACCAGAUAAUCCAGAAGCCUGGAACAAUCUCUCCACAGCUUACAUUCGACUCAGACAGAAAAACAAGGCCUUUCGUGCACUACAGGAGGCAUUGAAGUGCAAUUAUGAACACUGGCAGAUCUGGGAGAACUUCAUCGCUGUGUGCAUCGACGUGGGCGAGUUCGGUGAGGCCAUCCAUGCCUAUCACCGCCUCAUGGACCUGCGGGACAAGUACAAGGACCUGCAGGUGCUGGAGAUCUUGGUGCGGGCCGUGGUGGAGGAGUUAACGGACAGCCGAGGAGAACAAGCCACUUCCCUGAGAGCUAAGGUGCAGGAGCUGUUUGGUAGGGUCACGUCCAGGACAACCACUGAUGCUGCUAUCUGGAGGAGCUAUGCUCGGCUGUAUGGGGAUGGGCACAGCCAGAACCCAGAGGACAACGAAAAGGCCCUGCAGUUCCUGUCUAAGGCUCACCGCUGUGACAUACAAGUUAGCGGCUGGGAGAAAGAUCCAGAGAGCUUUGGGCUUCUGAUCAGGAGAGCCACGGAGCUGGCCAAGCUUUCAAUCAACUGCAGCAGGACAAAGAGCAACCCCCAGGAGGCACUGCAGAUGCUGUCAUCUGCUCGUCUCACCCUGGGUAGCCUAACCACCAAGGCCAAGCAAAUGCACACAGAUGUUGCCACGGGUGAGCUCCAUCCUGUCUUGGCUGAUGAGGUCGGAGCCAUGGAGAAUUUGGUCAAAGAGCUGCAAGAACUAUCUGCCCAGCUACGCAACCAAUGAAGAUCGAACCUCCGACUCUGACACUUUUUUUUUUUUUUUUUUAUCCAUUUUUAACUGUGUAUGUAUAAUGAUUUAAAUGUAGAAUUGCCAUGGGUCUUCAUGUUGAUGAAGGCAGUAAAGCGUUACACAGUGAA